GACAGACAUCAUCGGCGAGCUGUUUAAGGUACUGUUCAAGCAGCAGGAUUGGGCUGCUGAAGACUGGGGCGUUGACCAGGAGCCUUUAGAGCUGAUGCACAUUAUCCUCUCUUUGGGCAAAAGCAAUGCGUUUGACUUCCAGAUAGUUGAACAGACUCGGGGCGAUCCCGACAUUGGAGAGCAGCACGGGGCUGGAGCUGGAUUGGACGAGGCAUCGAGGUUCGUUGGUCAAGAAGAUGAGAUGUACACUCCAGCUUUCCAGACCCUGGAGCCGUUGGAGGCUGCAUCUUCACAUCAGAGAGACAGGCUACCUGACAUCAAACGCAAUCCGCAGUCGGACACCAGCAUCAAGCAGCCGGAGCGUCUCCAGGACGGAUGCCCCAUGAACACAGGGAUCUUUCAUAUCCCAGCAAAGCUCCAGCGACUCCGGCACCCCC